UGUUCGUCUGUGCUUGGAGGUAAGGCAAGGGAUCAUUGCACGAGUCAGACGUGCAGAUUCUAUCCAGAUUCUAAGCUCCUCGAGGCAUUCGGGACUGGCUUAUUACCUCACAACGAACGAAAGACUGUCCCUGAGGCUAUCGGAGCACGCCUUGGACUGGCCUCUUUGAACGCACCAAAUCGUAUCUUUGCUGCGAGUUAUUUGAUAAUAGUCCAGAGCAUUGGUUGUCACGCUUUGCAGAGUUGCCCACCCCAAUGGCUUGCAAAACGUACAUCGUUGAGCAUCUUGAUGAUGAACUGGGUCCUUGGUCCGAGUUAGAGUAUCUCACCAUAGCUAAGGAGUCUCACCAGGCAGGUGCAAAGUUCUGUCUGUCAUCAGUUCCAUCAACCUUGGUAUUGCCUGCGGCCUUGAAGCAUGUGCCUGGUUUCACCGCAGAUGAGCGCAGCGUUGAGACUCUGUAUGCAGAAGAUAGGACCCGCGUAUGCUUGCUUGACCCAUCAGCAAAGAAGGAGCUUAGUCCAGAAGACGGAGACACCUUCGAUGUGUUCCUGUUUGGAGGGAUAUUAGGGGAUGACCCACCACGAGAUAGGACGUCGGAAUUGAGAAAGAAAGGAUUUGAAGGUCGUCGCCUUGGCCCGAAACAGAUGACCACCGACACUGCGGUUAGAGUGGCGAGGCUUGUCGUGCAGGAGAAAAUUCCUCUAGAUAACAUCCCAUACGUCGAUUAUCCAGAACUCCGUAUCAACAAGAACGAGAGCACAGUAAUGCCAUUUCGCUAUGUCAAGGGAGAGAACGGAGAGUCGAUUAUGCCAGAGGGCAUGCUUGAUUUGAUCAAGAAGGAUUCUGAAAAGGACUUUGGUGAUUUAUUCUGAUACACUAAGCCUGCCCAGAUCGAACAACACCAGAAUAAAUGAAAGAUGGCACUUUACAUCGAAUAUUGAGUCAACUAAAGGCCGUGUGAUUUAGAUCCCUCCAAGCUGUUCAACGAGACGCUGUUGAUACUCCAUUGAGAGCCAGCUCGCCCCUU